AAGAUCUGAUGGAGUGCUUUCAUUGGGCAGCGCAUAGAUGUGUGUGAGUGCAAGUUAUAGUGGAAAGCGAAGCGCAGCAUUGGCGUACGGCUAUGGCGCCGACUGGCCAAUCCGACAGCCUGAUAGCGGUUGAGCGUUCUCAGCUAUCACUUUCAAUGGGGCAUUACUACGGCAGGUGAUGUUCGUAGGCUAAUGGUUUCCGGACAACAAGUUGGAGUUAAGAGAGAGUGAGAGGGAGAGAUGAUAGCCCAGUUCACUUGCUAAGCUGUCAACAAAACCACCGAGAAGAAGGGUAAAUAGCCUGACAUGACUGUACACCAUUAAAACUCAAACAAUAAGAGAAGUAGGAUGAGAAGUUUGGCUUGCUAGGUUGGCAUCGUGUGGAUGUUGUCGCUUUACAUCAAAGCUGACCUACACUCCCAGUUUGAUCUCAAACUAUAAGAUCCACUCUCUUUCGUUUCGCCUCUCAUUUUCCGUCAGACUUUCGCCGAGUCCAUGGCCGACAUUAUUCGCACAUAUCAGAGAAGAAGAUACUCAUAUUUGAGUUCUUGCUUCCAGAAUUGAAAGGCGGAUGUUUAUCUCUCAUUUCUUGCUGGACAUUAACCUUUACAGGUAGGACAUUGGGUCAAAAUCGCCCUUCCCCACCGCAAGAAAUCGAAGUCAUCCCCCAAAACAGCCCUGGCCCUGUACCGCCGACAAGGUGUUUGAACACAAGACUCUACCACACUCUUUCAUUCUUCUUUCUCUUCAAAAGAAGAAACUGCCAAAAAUCGAUUCCGAACCUUUUGCGAAGAAAAGAACUUGCUAAUGUGCCAUCCUUACAACGGUGCGUUUCUUUCUCCCAAACUCGAUCUAUAUAACUGUUGUUUCCAGCGUACAGCUGAUUGUCGAAAUACACCAGCUAGAAUCAUCUUACUAGUAGAGAGAAGACGCCAUUGUGGUUUGAGUUUGAAGGUCAAGGAGCUUUGAAUCUUGGUCUUUGAGAAGGGUUUGUGCAGAGCCAUCGUAGUCAGCCGAACCUACGCUGGAGUUAAUAUCAUCAUACCGCUACUCGGGAGGGGGAAACCCGGAGCGUUAUCCAAUGAUGAAUAUGAAAGAGCAUGUUGGUAUGCAUCCUCCCCCACUCGGCCCGGGAGGACCCAAGUAUUCACCGCUUCAUCGUCAUCAUGAUCGCGGGCUUGAGAUGACUAGGAGACACUGUAUGAACGGACCGGGUAAUAUCUUUGGUCCGUUAGAUGACAGUGGAUUCCUCGCCAGAGCCGAAGCCCUAGCUGCUGUAGAUGUCAUGUCCACCAUGGUCAAAACAAGUCAACCUCAUAUGACCAUCAAGAAUGAUACCAACUAUUCCCACCACCAUCCUGUCAACAGUGGGAUGCAUCCAGCACACUUUGCUCCGACAUCAUCUCCAGUAUCCCGCGGUCUCCCUCAUCAUCAUACGAUGGAUCAUGGUGAGUUCCUGGACAUCUCAGCAGCAGCUAGCCUUCCUGGAGGCGGUCCUGGACCGGGUCUAUCUGAUGUCCAGAGUGCAGCUGCAGCAGCGGCGGCAGCAGCGGCUGUAUCUUCACACCAAUCAUCCUUCACACCCUUACCAGGUACAGGUGGGCAUUUCAACCCGGUGAAUACCAUGAUGCCACAUGGCAUGGGUAUGCAUGAUAUCGACACGGAUCCUCGAGAGUUGGAAGCCUUUGCAGAGCGGUUCAAACAACGUAGGAUAAAGCUUGGCGUUACGCAGGCUGACGUAGGUAAAGCUCUGGCAAAUCUGAAGCUUCCUGGCGUAGGAUCCCUCAGUCAGAGUACUAUCUGUAGGUUUGAAAGUCUUACACUCAGCCAUAACAACAUGAUUGCUCUUAAACCUAUCCUGGCUGCAUGGCUGGAUGAAGCAGAGGCUGCUGCGAGGGAAAACAGAAAUUCACCUGGUAUCCUUGACAACGGAGACAAAAAACGAAAGCGAACGAGUAUCGCUGCUCCAGAGAAACGAUCUCUGGAAGCAUACUUUACCGUCCAACCAAGACCGUCAAGUGAGAAAAUAGCCGCCAUUGCCGAAAAACUGGACUUGAAAAAGAACGUGGUUCGCGUAUGGUUCUGCAACCAACGUCAAAAGCAAAAGAGGAUGAAAUAUUCAGCGCAACCGAGGUGAGAUCACUCACAAACUCCUAACAAUCAAACUGAAAAGUGGAAGAAAGUAAAGGACUUCCUUAUAAACAAAACUAUGAUAUUCAUAUUUUCCAAAUUGCCACAUGACUUUUGUGAAUGAUUCUAUCUGCCAAUUUGUGGGUGAACACCGUUAGCUAUUGUCUUGUUUUCCAUCUCUCGAUUCUAUUCUCUCUCAUGCCCCGACCUGGACGAUGUUUAAAACGAGAACAAAACGUGAGCAAAUCGAUAGCGAUUAUCGUUUUUAUAUCGAGUCGAUGAGAUGGGAAGUAGUGAAAGCUUAUUCUUUGCCUUACAUGUUGUAUAGUGAUGUAUAAAAGUGCAGACAAUUGUUAUCUCGUGACCGUUACACCUGUAUUAAACUAAGAAAUGAAAUAAUGCAAUAGACAUCUCCACUUGGUUAUUGUUUAGGUUUGAAGCGUCUCUAGAAAUGCUCCUUUGAUGAAUAGGGAUUGGAAAAUAGAUUCAAUUGAAUUUUCAAUUAUAUCUGACACGAGGUGAAAUGUUUCAUCAAUAUCAAGUAACAUGUACUGAUAUAGAAUAAAUCUCAUGAAGAACUAAAAAGUGAGAAGCGAAAUAGUGGUACGACAAGGUAUAUACAUACAUCAGAUAAUCAUUUUAUGCAAAUCAAGAUUUUUGUAAUCAUAUCAAAUCCUCGAUAGUGACGAACAUUCUAUAAUCUACUAUACGUUUCCUUAGGAGUAACAUUAAAAAAAACAAUUGUAAUUUGUUGUAUAAUUUGUUUUUACAUUUUCCUAUUCUUUGAGCCCUUAUUCGUAUUAUUUUCACCACUGAACACAAAGUUCUCUUCCCUUUGAGAUAGAAAGAUCAAAUUUGUAAACUUGGGAGCAAGUAUUGGAUUUGAACACUCAGCAUACAAAGAGCUACAACAAUCUAUGAUUUCAUUUUGGUAUUAUAUUAUGUAGUCCAUUUGAUAUCCAGAUUCGUCACGUAGUUGUGGUUUUUAAUGGAUUGGAUUUUGGUGCUAAAAGACAAGUUUUACUGUCCCUUUUCUCAUUCUAAGUUUUAUCAUACAUUGUUUGGUUGAUAUUAUUCCUAGAUGAGUUGAGUAUAAUGCAAAGCGUCCACUCCGGUCAAAUGGAAACGCGAACACGCAACUCUGGCUCACGUGUACAGCAGAUUGGCGCCCCAUUGUUCAUAAAAAAUAAAGAUCAUUAUCUCCCCUAAUCGUCUGCCUUUAGUUCAGAGCAAUAUGCCGAGCGUUCAACAUAAAUUCACCUCUUUUAAGAAUGUACAUUAUAUAACAGUAAUAUAUUCAGAUAAUAUUCAUUUGCCGUUAUAAACAAAGCAGUGGGUUUCUUUGAUCACAUACAUUGUUAAAAAUGUUCAGGAUUAACGUUAGUUCUAUUCAGAAUGUUAAAAUGGUCUUGUAUGUGAACAUAUCGUUGCUAUGUCAGGAACCAUCGAUCAAUAAGUAUGACAAUGUCACUGGUAUGGUAGAAUGGUAAAUACAAAAUGAUUGCAUAAAAUUACCAAGAUGGUCUACAGUGUUAUUCUACGUUUGUUGCUAUGUCACACAUACCUCGAUCAAGCUAGAUGACACCUAAUGUGACCGUGAUUAAUUGAAGAGUGCUGGAUACAGCAUUAUAAUAUCUUGUAGGCCUAAUUAUUGACGAUCAGAUGGUCUCGUUUGUAUAUCUACAUUGUUGCUAUGUCAUACAGCCAUCUAUCGUGCUAGUUGGCAGCUUAUAUGAUCUGGAUUGUAAAAUGGUGAAUACAGAAGAAUAUAAUUACAUAAUAUUCAAUAUGGUCUAUUACCGUUUAUAAACGUAACGUCGCUAUGUCAGACACCACUCGAUCAAGCUAGAUGACAGGUAAUACGACCACUAUUGUAGCGUGGUGAAUAAAGAAUGGAUAGUUCCCAUUGAUUUAGUCAGUAGACAGAUACGAGGUUAUUUCUUAGUGUUAGAAAUUUGUGCGACAUAAAAACCCUCACUUUUCUUAUAGUGAAAAUACAAAGCGAUAAUUGCAAAGUUGAAUAUUUUAAAUAUACAAGUUCUGAGCUUAACAUGAUUAUUUAAUUCAUAAUUUCUAUCGAAACGUACCUAAUCAAUAAUUAAUUUUAUGUAUCGAACCCACUGAAGGAGAGGGGGUAUGCUUGUAAUUAUGGUUCCUUUUUAAGACAAAUGAGUAAAAUUAUUCCCUCAAUAGUUACUCUUCUACCAUUUAUGUGACAGAUCUGCAUAGAGAAACGAUAAAGGGGGAGAGAUGCACACUUAAAGAUAUAGAGAACUGAUGAUUGGUGUGGGGGAAAAUGAACUUGGAAUGACCAACACAUAAUUGGCUUUCCGCAAAUUUACUUUGUCGCGAUGAAAAUGAGUAACACGGGAAGAAUGGACGGAAGGAUAUCAUAUCGGUCAUAAUUUCGGCAAGAAGAAGGAGUAAAAAGGAGAGAGAGAGAGAGUGAGAGAGAGGGGAGAUAGAAUGAGAAUGUGUGUGUUUAACUGCAUAUGAUGGCGGGUAAUUCCAGGAGUCAUGUGUUAUAUGGGCCCAGGGAUAAGACGAGAAGUGAUCGGCUAAUUUACUGCCACUCACCCACGCCUGGCUGCCCCGUCGAUAUACUCUGGCUGCCUGGCGUGCAUGCCGAUUGCAGCCCGCCGGUCGUAUGGCCUAGCUUCAAUUUGAUGAGAUAUCAUUGCGGUGCGAAGUAGCUUUUCGCGCCGAUCACACGGGCGUGAAAAAUGAAGCCGCCCAUGCAUGCUACGUCAAUUUCUCUGGUUUUGUUACCACCAUUGCUUCAAUACAUUCUCCCUUUUCUCUCUUCUCCCUUUCAUCUUUUUCUCCUCCGAGGAGGAAUUCCCGACAAUGCUAAUUAGCAAGCAACUAUAAUUAGCUAUCCACUGCGUACAGUGACAGAAGGCCCCCCUUUUUGGUAGAAUUUAGUCCUUACGGCAAUAUAAUCAGAUGGUUGUUCAGAAUUCAUAGACGUAUCCACACUCGUAUGAGGUAAUUAUCUGGUACAAAACAGAUAUAUGACAUUUUUUAAUAAUUAGUUUAAGAAUGCAAGACUAUCUAUGGUCCCCGUUGGGUAUUGCAAGGGAAAUUACCACGAUCAUACGCGUCACAUUGCGACAUCGAUUAAUUUAAAGGUCAAGUCCAACCCAAUAACAAGUUUGUUUGGGAUAGACUUGCAUUUUAUGUGACUUGUGGAAUUAUAAUGCGAUAAAAACACAUUUGAACCAGGCAGUGUACUCAACAUUCAUGAAGGGGAAUGCUGGAUCGAAUUGGUGCGAGAUGCUUGAUAAUUAAUAUUCCAAAGAACCAACUCCCACCCCCACCACGCCCAUAUCCAUUUAAGUUGGUAUCUGUUAUAGACCGUGGGUAGAUUUGUUAUUGACUGAUGGAGGGAGGGAGCUGAAAAGAAAAUUUAUAAAUUUAUGCUCAUCCCAUUUCUGCUGAUAGAUUGUUAGAUUGGGGGCCAUUUGCCCUUACGCCCCUGCACCCCACGUCUAUACUCGAAUAAUCACCUGACUACAUGGUAUUUAAAGGGAACAGCUUUAUGCUAAUUAGGAGUGUUUGUCAAGGUCGAAUCUUAUCUGCAAAAUGAAGAACAAGUAAUACAAAUAUCUACGUAACUUGUCUUUAAUUGAUAUUAUUUUUGGCAGGGAAAAUGAGAGUUAUACACAUUCUACGAAUCUCGGGUCUAAUUGACCCCAAAACCCGAGUCUGUUAGUUCCACAUCUCGUCCGGGAUAAAAAUGAUCCGGAAUACCAAACGGGAUCAUUCUGGGUCAUUCGAGGUGCUUUUCAAAUUCACUGAUUUGUGAUUUGAUGAUUACUCAUAUUAAAUAUUAUUAUUUUCAAAUAUAACCACUGGUCUCCUGGUCUAAACGCUAUGUCUUUCUUUAGCAGAAUUUAAGUACCACAUCAUGCUAAGUUUACACAACAUCUUCGUUUGAGAGUGUUAGCGCUCAUCCAAAUGAAAAAUGAGAAAGGUCAUUCGGGAAAAGUUGAUCAUGAGCUAACUGUGAAUUAGCUCUAUCUGCAAGCAACUUUAUUGUGUACUUUAUUUCCACUAUUUCUUCUAACGUAGUGAUUUAUUUCUAAAUUAAUGUUCGAUCGAAUUCGUUUAUCUUCAUCUUUACGAUGAUGAGAAGGAUUACCAACAUCGUUUAUAUAAACUAAAUUUUGAUUAGACAAAAGUUACUCUGAAAUUCAUAUUAGCUUAAAAUAAAAAUCAAUGAAGCAUUAUCAUCAUUGUUUAAAAACGACUUCGUGACGUAAAAUGCGAAUUCGGGAGUUAUCCACAUCUGGGAAAGAAAUCAAUUAACAUUCUCUUCUAGGCCUGUACAAGCAAGUAUCAGUUUUCUGAUGCAUUAUUUCAAUGUCUUUGUCAAAGAACAUGUUUGUCCUCAUUAUUUAUAUGUCUGAGUUUGUAUGUACAGAUUCAAAUAUUGUUAAAUCUUCUUUCUAUUUGGUCAUGACCCCAAGCAGAAAGAGCGAAAUAUUUUAUUUGUAAUGAAAACUGUAAAUACUUAUUACUCUUAAUGUAAAACAAGAAGAACAUUGUGAAAAGUACAAUUAUCAGGAAAAUAAAUCUCUUAAAUUAUUGAAAA